UAUGCUCCCAAUCCAAGAUGUCUGCGCCCAUGAAAUGUGUGAAACUUUUUUAAUUGAAAACUAUUUUAGCUAUUUCAGACGAUUGGAUAAACCUAUUCACGAUAAUGUCAGGGAAUCAGAAUAAAGUCAUUGACUUCAAGUUUAAUAAACCAUCACGUAAGAAGCGUGUAUUCGUCACUCAAGAAAGUCCAUUUCCUGUUCCCAUAGCAACAUUAACCAAGCAACGGACCAGCAAUCAAGGAUGGUAUUACUAUAGAGGGCAGCUUGAAGGGAAUACAGUUGUCAUUAAACACUCUGGAGAUAUUGACUACCUGUAUAGAAUGGGUUUCUUCGGUAAAGGUACUCUAUCAAGACUUCAACCAAAUUACAACACCUGGUUCAGGAAAGCCACUGUUGUAGAAAACACUCAGGAAACUAGCACUAAAGAAGAAAACCAAAUAUGUGAGCCUAAAGACAAAACUACUGGAGAGGAAAGGGUUAAUACUAAUAUUUCUGGAGAGGAAAGAGUUAAAGCAGGAAUAUCCAGAGAAGAAACUCUUAAAACUGAUUAUGCAGGCCGGACCAAAGAUUUGCGCAUUAUGAACAAAAGAAAAUAUUUAAGACGAUGUGCCUGGAGAAAUCAAAAGGAAACUCUUCAGUCUUAUGUGAGUGACCUUGAACUUAACAUAGGAGCAGACGGAGAAUGUGACCUUGAAUAUGCAAGAGGGGUUGGACCUAAGUCAGAAGAAACAGAAGGCAAUGGUGGAAAUAUAGUCAGCAUCAAACGUCAGAAGUUAGAAACUGAUGAUUCCAAGAGUCCUGAGAUGAACAUAGACAACUCUGGAGACUGUAAAGAAAUAUUAGAUUCAAAACAGGAGGAAGUUGUUGUUGAUAGAAACUUCUGUUCUAAAGUGGAUUCCUCCCACAUAGAUGACAGUGAUAUAACUGAUUCAUGGGCGAAUUCUAAUGAGAAAGUGUCUGAAGACUUCUGGGAUGUUUCUAGUGCAAUAAAAACUGAAGAAAGCGAUUCAUGGGGUAACUCAGACACGAAAACCUCUGAGGAGUUUUUGAGUUUACCAGAACCAAGUGUUAAAAAUCCUAAGAGUGAAAAAAUCAAUAAUUUGACUAACGUAGAUAUUUCUAAUAGAGAUAUAGGGAAUGAUUCAAGUGAAACGAAAUUAAUAUCUGAUACUGAAUCUUUUCCCACUUCAGACAGUACUCUUACACACAAAGAUAACCCUCAAUUAGGAAACCAAAAUUUAGUGACUGAUUUAGAAUCAAUAACGACCACCCAUAUGACACCUAUGGAGGAAGGUACUGACAAACAUGAAACUGAUGCCCCAUGUGAAAUAGAUGAUACUGAUGAACAUGAUACCAUUAGUAAUGAGCAUAAUCAGCCAAUACAUGAUUAUGUUAUUAAUCACAGAUGUAAUUAUGAAGACAAAGAUGGUAAUCUGUUAGUCGUUGAGAAUUCUGAUGAGAGCGAUAAUGAAUUAGGAACUGAAGAGAAACCUUUCUGGGAGGCUGUGCGCAAAAGGGAUCCUUACCACAUAGAGGAACAUGUUCAUCUGACCCUAGAAGAGGCAUUUUUCCUGUCAUAUGGACUCGGUUGUCUAGUUGUCCAUGAUGAGCAACAGAAACCAUUAGAUGUCACCACAAUGUGGCAAAUAUUUUGUAAAAGACAACCUAGCUUCCUUGCAAACUACAUCGUCUACCAUAACUUUCGUAGUAAAGGAUGGUGUCCAAAACCUGGAAUUAAAUAUGGGGCAGAAUAUGUGGUUUACAAACAGGGGCCACCUUUUUAUCAUUCGUCAUACUCUGUGUUAGUGAGACUGGUUGAUGGGGUCUCAUUCAGGGAUGACACUCAAUAUGAAAAGAGACCCCUUAGCUGGACAACUAUUGCUGGAAUGCAUAGAAUCACGGAGCAAGUAUCAAAGGAGGUGAUGUUUUGCUAUGUUAUAAAACCCCCAGGUGUAUCAGACCAGGACUUGACCUCAUCCCCUGCAUAUAUACCUCAGUUCAAAGUACAGGAAACUAUAUUCAGAAGGUGGAAGUCAUCAGCAGAAAGAGAAAACAAACAUCCGGAUGAGAUUCCAUAACGCUUAAUAGUCUACAUUGGACACUCCUCGGUAUAGUGGUCUACAUUGGACACUCCACAGUAUACUGGUCUAUAU